UUUUGUGGUUUUUCAGCCAUGAGAAGAAAAAGAACGAGACACAAGUUGUUCUCUAAUGAAAAAGGACACGAAGAGUGUGUCAGGUUUGGUGCUUCAAAUUCAAGAGCUGUAAUUCAAUUAAAUACCUGUCUCCAAAAUGGAAACGGGAAGCAAAAGAUGGAGACAGCACUUAGUGCAAGCCUGGUUUGCCAUUGCAUUGCUUUACACAUCUGGCCACAGGAAAGGCUGGAGAAAAAACGUCCUUCACUUCAGUGUCUGUUUCAUCAUCAGCCUCAUUUUCAACACCUUCCUCUUCCUGUGUCUCCGUUAUUCUAUGAAGUAUGGCGUGAUGCUCUCGGGUGCCAUUGCAGGCACAUGUGUGGCUGUCGUGACCACUGUGCUGUUCUUCUCCAAACACGUUCGCUGCUUUGGGAUUCUGUUCCUGAUCUCCUGUGGCAUGCAGCAAGGAAGGAACCUGCUCAUAACUGCAGGAACCGGCCUGGUGGUCUUCCGGAAUGUUCAAAACACAUUUGGCAACCUUAAAGAACUGGCCAGAAGCAUGCAAUGUAACCUGGAGAAAAAGAGUCUUAACAUUGACUUCACACCGCUCAGCAAUUACAUUAACAUCUUAAAAUGGGUUGCUGACCAACUCAAAGGGUUCACAGACUUUGGGGUGGUCAAAUAUACCUCUGAAUUUAACGUCGCUCACAAGACCGACUCAAAGGAGUUCCGGGAGAAACUUGAACAAGCACGCCGGGCGCUCAACGAAACAGCAGAAAACAUGCUAUUUGUCAUGAACACUGUAUCGUCUGUGUGUCAGAAUGUGUUCCCUGCCCUGGGUACGAUUCUGCUGUUCGUCUUCACAGCAUUGUACCUGAGAAAGUAUUUGUACAACAGCAAGUUUCAGAACACCUUCAUCACCGGCAAGUUCAUUCAGUAUGACGAGAAGCAAAAGGCCGAGGGCAAGCCUCACGUCCUUCCCCUGACAAAGAAGGAAGUCAAGCGCUACAUCGCCAUUCCAUCACCUCGUCUGUCAAUCAAGGAAGGGAAAGUGAUGCUGAAGUUCUGCAUUCCGGUUCUCACUAAUCUCCUCAUCUGGGUUUUAUUAAUUGGUGUCGACGGCCUUCUCUACUGGUUUGUUUUAGUCAUCAGAAAGCACCUUGAACAGAUAGAGCCAUUCCAUGUUCCUUUGGUGAUGAGUGUGAGCAAAGAGGUAUCUAUCGGUGGCAUCCCUAUCCCAGAAGACCGUGAAAGGAAGGAGGAUUUCUCUUUCUCCGUGGCCCUGUUUGAGAAGGAGUGUCUCCCGGAGCCCAGGCUUCUGCUCUAUCAGUCCGUCGUUCCGCUGGCCGUCAUUCUCAUCUUCCUGGUAGUCCUGGGGCUCCUCUCUGGCAAACUCACACAGCUGAAGCUGCUCGUGUCCGCAGAGUUCUACGGCGAAAACGCAGACAAGAGGGUUCAGUACCUGCAUGCCAAAAUUCUCCGGGGGAGAUCGAAGACUAAGUUAAAUGACCCAAGAAGUGUUCUGAAAACACUUUUGAAAAAGACAAGCUUCUGGUUCCCGAUAUUUUUUCGCCACCAAAAGGAUGACACUGUACAACUAACCUGACUUGAAGAUGAAUUGAAAAGUUGGCAGUUUGGUGUCCCUGUUGGAUGUGGGCUUGUAUUUCAGUUGACUUCAUAAUAAUUAAUACAACGGGUUUCAGAUUUUCCCAAACUUUUCUUCACUUUGAUUUGGAAAUUGAAACCAUAGCACUGGAAUGAUCCCAUUGCUGAAAAGUACCAUAUCUAUAAUGGAAAAAUUAGACUAGAAUGUGCGUCAUCUGUAACACCCGAAGCCCGCUGAUCACUUUUUUUCGCUCAGCAGUCUGGGAGCAGAGCUGCCCGUGCUACUUUGCCAGAAGGCUGUGUAUUUGUCUGUGCCAUAAGAGCUUAAUCAGUCAGAGGAGGCGCUAUUGAGAGAUGAGGCUGGGGGUACCUUGCCGAUUACAUACAGUAGUAUACAAUAUAGGUUAUACAGCAAUGCAGUAGUUUGGCUAACUUCUCACUCUAAUGUAGCAUAGCUCCUGCCAACUUCAGAGAUAAGCUUUGCAAAGAUUCCAGUUGACAGUUACUAUUUUCGACAUGUCACGAUGUGGUGAUCCACAUACAGAUCACUCUGUUGUGGCACUUCAGUUUUCAGCAUUGUAAAAUCAACCUUAUUCCAUGCAUGUACAGUUUAUCGUCUUUGCGUUUAGAGGCACUUUUUGGGUGAAUUUACAAGGGACCCCAUCAUGUAUAAAUCAGUUAUAAGAAGUGUACAGUGGAUAUAAAAUAAAUACUUAUUAGAAUGCGAAAGUGGCUUGUUCUGGUGUUUUCUGUGGUAUGUCAUAGAAUGGUAAAGGGCCUGUGAUAGUGCAAUGCUCUAGGCUGUUUCUUACACUUAAGAGGCACAUGACUACUUCCUCAGAAAGAAUGUGGAAAUCUACCACAGAGCAUUUGAAGUAGGCUAGUCACUGUUGCAAUCAGGAGAAAUAAAAAACUGAAAUGGGAAGUGUGAUUUA